AUGGCCCGAGGAAUCAAGAAGCACCAGAAGCGCCUUAGCGCCCCCUCGCACUGGCUGCUGGACAAGCUGUCCGGUGUCUACGCCCCCAAGCCCUCUGCCGGUCCUCACAAGCUCCGCGACUGCAUGCCCCUGAUCGUGUUCAUCCGCAACCGCCUCAAGUAUGCUCUCAACUUCCGUGAGACCAGGUCUAUUCUCAUGCAGCGCCUGGUCAAGGUCGACGGCAAGGUCCGCACCGACAUGACCUACCCCGCCGGCUUCAUGGACGUCAUCACCAUCGACAAGACCGGCGAGAACUUCCGUCUCGUCUACGACACCAAGGGCCGCUUCACCGUCCACCGAAUCCAGACCGAGGAGGCCGAGUACAAGCUCGGCAAGGUCAAGCGUGUCCAGCUCGGCCGUGGUGGAAUCCCAUUCUUGGUCACGCACGAUGCGAGAACCAUCCGCUACCCUGACCCUCUGAUCAAGGUCAACGACACUGUCAAGAUCGAGCUUGCCACUGGCAAGAUCACCGACUUCAUCAAGUUCGACACCGGUGCCAUUGCCAUGGUCACUGGUGGUCGCAACAUGGGUCGUGUUGGUGUCAUCACCCACCGUGAGCGUCACGAUGGUGGCUUCAACAUCGUCCACAUCAAGGACGCCAUUGACAACACCUUUGCUACCCGUGAGAGCAACGUUUUCGUCAUUGGCCAGGACAAGCCCUGGAUCUCCCUGCCCAAGGGCAAGGGUGUCAAGCUCACCAUCGCUGAGGAGCGUGACCGCCGCAGGGCCAACGCCAGCGCCCACUAA